GUAGUAUGUAGAAAAGUGUAGUAAGAAAGGAUGCAUUUAUAUACAUUAUUAAAUAUUUGCGCGAUAACAGUGAUCUAGUCAGUUUUUUGAGUUGUGGGAAAGUAAAAUCUUUGAGAACUUCUUAUUUAUAUCGUCAAAAAUAAACAUUAAGUUCCAUAUUUACAUUAACUGUUAAUGUUUUUAUUUGAUAUUCAACUACUGCAAGAAUGAGCGCCAAUAUACAUGGACUGUUUUGGUUUCCAAAUUUGGCCGAUAAAUUUGUUUUAUGGGGUCAAGAAAUUACUCUAUACGAAGUACGUAACAAAACGGACAGACAGGCAGAGCCAGUGAAAUAUCGCUUGCCGAAUAUCUCAGCGAAUUUCUUGGCUACUGAAAAUCGUUAUCAAUACGCCCGAGUUGUCCAGCCCUCAUAUCACAAGCAUCGACCGAUUAUAGCUGUCGGUUUAGGUGACGGCAAGGUUGGAGUGUGUGAUUUUCAUGAUGUAGUAGAUAAUAGUUGGGAGUACACUCCACGCCAACAACGAAUGUGCUUAAGUUUAGCUUGGAAUGAAUUGGAUACAAAUGUUCUAGCAAUCGGACACGAUCGGUAUCGGUCCGAUUCGUGCAUUACAAUUUGGGACAUAGAGCAUGGUUUACCUAAAGAGAGUGGUCCAAACUUUUUUGGUGUUUCUGAGUCGGCCCAUUCCUUAUGCUGGGAUAAAAACCAUCGGGUAUUGAUAGCGGGCAUGAAUCAGAAACAAAUUAAACUUUUUGAUUUAAGACAAAACACUGCCACUUGUCAGUCAAUACAAACUAAGACUGUGUACGGUUUAGCGGUGGCACCAAAUGGUUACUUGUGUAGCUUCUUCGAUUCAAUAAUAAUGUUAUGGGAUUUGCGUGCUAUUGAUAGACCGCUUAAACAAAUCCAAUCGGCGAAAAACCAUUUACAGUUGAGUUGGUGUCCCACAAGAUCUAGCUUACUGACAUCAUUGCAGCGAGAAUCGCCUUAUAUUACAUUAUAUGAUAUACGUUGUGUGGAUGUGGAGAAUAGUCGGGAAGUUUAUAGCGUUAAAAAACAAUUACUGCCAUUUCACACCAAAUAUCAUGGAUCUCAUAAAGGUUAUACAUUGACUGCACUUUCAUGGCAUAAUACAGACUUUGAACGCGCACUCCUACUGUCAGAAACUGGCAACGUUAUGGACUUCCGUUUGCCUAUAAGCAUACUAACCGCAUCUACUAAUCAUAAAAAAUUACCGUUGCUUUUGCAACGACCUCUUUCGAAUGCUUCUCAGAAUACGCCAGCGAAUGGUAGUGGAGACUUUGCUACAAUAGGCACAACUAUAAACUCACAUAUAAUUGACAGCAAUCUAUUAAAAGAGGAUUUAGUAAAGGAAACUCGUGAACGAGCGUUGAGCGAUUAUGGUUUAAAAACAGACGCCAAGCGUUUAAGUGCAUAUCUGAAGAAUGUUUGGUUCAGUUUAGCUAAUUUGUAUCGCAUGGAGGAAAAACUUACUGGAUUGAAGACCAUUUUGGGUAUUGGCAUUAGCCAUACAUCCGAAGCGUUUAUGAACACUUCUCGUAUUGAAUCGCAUGUCCUCCAAUGGCCAGAUUUCAUAAAUAAUUCGAAUAGUUUAAUAUGUUACAGAAGUGAACAACGCGACAAAGCCUUAAAGUUAUGUGGUUGGGCAUUUGAACAAGAUUUGGAGCGUUUCAUUAGCACCUUAUGUGAAAAUAAAGAAUACAGCCGAGCUGCGAUGAUUUAUGUAUUCCAUUUGAAAAUUUUGGGAGCUUGUGACAUCCUCUCUAAAGCGGUGGAUCAAUCUAGAGAUCCAAGUAUGUUUCGUAUUGCCGCUAUUGCCUUAUCUAGUUUCAAUGCUGAUCGUAGCGUUGCUAUAUGGCGUAAUCAGCGUUCGAUGGCGAAUAUGCAAAUUCAAGAUGCUCACUUGAGAACAAUUUUCUCAUUUCUUACAACGGAAAAUGAAAAUUAUGACUCAGUUCUGAUGGAAGAAGGCAUAUCGUUAGCCGAUCGGGUGGCUUUUGCUUGCAAAUAUUUAUCGGAGAAUAAAUUGUCGGAUUAUGUUAAAUUGCAAAUACAAAAGUCUAUCGAAAAAGGCGAUUUGAAUGGUCUAUUGCUUACUGGUGAGUCGCACGAUGGAAUCAAUAUUUUGCAAGCGUAUAUGGACUCAACAUUCGACAUGCAAACUGUUGCUCUUAUCGCUAUUAAUUACUUUCAUCGUGACCUUUAUAACGAUCAGCGUAUACAGUUUUGGAUAACGAGUUACAUGGACUGCUUAAAUUCAUGGGGUUUUUGGGAAAAACGCGCGGAAUUAGAAAUAAAAAUUGCCAACUUACGCUCGAGCAAUCGACCGGCACGUACCGUUUAUUUGUCAUGUAAUUUUUGUAGUAAAUCCGUAUCAAACGCAUCGCAAGACGAUCGCUUGCGUACGGCAUCUUCAAAUGUCAACAAGUUAUCUUCGUGCCCAAGUUGCCGUAAACCACUGCCACGUUGUUCACUAUGUCUUUUGCAUAUGGGCACAACCUUAAACACUUUUCCUGCUGGCGAGGAUGGUCACGAAAGUUUAGGUUGGCAAUCGAAACCGUUUUCAAGGUGGUUUUCAUGGUGUCAAACGUGCCGUCACGGCGGACACACGGAACAUUUAAUGCAAUGGUUUAGACAAAAUUCGGAAUGCCCGGUUUCAUCUUGUUCCUGUCGCUGUUUUGAUUUGGAUGCAAUCAAUCCUGCAACUCUUCAUGAUCUAUCUUAGUUAUGUUACUAGACUAUGAUGAAAUUGAACAUGUUAUGUUCAGAAGGAAGGCACAAGGCAAAGAAUUGCCCGUAUAUGGGGAGAAGCAUUUUUACCUAGCAUUUCCAAGCUAAAUUGGAAAAUAAUAUAUGUAAUUAUUUAAGAGCACAUUUUAUUUUAAGAAAUUUGACUCACUAAAUGGCUUUAGCUAAGCCAGAAGCAAAUGAUGCCAUCAAAGGCAAAAAUGCCUCAUAUUAAAGUGAUAACGAGAUGGUUGCAAAAUAUUUUUAUGGUCGCAAUGGAUUGAAAAUAUAAAUGUGUAAACAUGUGAGCAAUAUAAAUCAUUGGUUUACUUUA